AUGUCUAGAAUUAUCGCCGUCCACGGAGCAACGGGCACGCAGGGGGGCUCUGUCGUCAAGUCGCUCCUCAAGUCGGACUGGAAAAUCCGAGCUAUCACCCGCAACGCUUCCACUGAUUCUGCCAAAGCUCUCGACGCUGCCGGUGUGGAGGUCGUGACGGCCAGCUUUGAUGAUGAGGCGUCGCUUGUCAAGGCCUACGAGAACGCCGAGGCCAUCUUUUUGGUCACUAACUUUUGGGAGCACCUCUUCACUGGCAAGAAUGCGGCCGAUUCGGGCGAGGCCGAGUACAAACAGGCACUCACUGUUGUCAAGAUUGCUGAGACGUUGCCUUCAUUGAAGCACUUUAUCUGGAGCACUCUGCCUGGCAAUGCUGAAGGCCAACUGAAGCGCACCGCUGUGCCGCAUUUUGACUACAAAGCCCAGCUGGACGUCACCAUCCGCAAGUCAUAUCCCAACCUCGCAGCCAAAACUACUUUCCUCUACGUUGGCUACUACGCCAACAAUCUUGCCGACAUCCCCGCGGCCAGAUUCUUCACCACGCCCGGCUCCUUGGGCUGCUACUUCUGGAUAGUUCCCGUGCCGCGCACUGUGGUGAUUCCCUCGGCGGGGGACACAAAGGUUAAUGUGGGCGUUUUCGUGAAGGCCAUCCUUGCACAGCCGGAGAAGACGCAUGGCAAGUACGUUGCCUGCGUCGUUGAGGCGAUCACCCAUGACCAGAUGCUGCAGUACUGGAGCGCGGCAACGGGCAAACCAGCGGCAUUGUUGCAGGUCGAUGCUGGGGAUUGGAUCAAGGCUUUUGGAGCCGCUGGCGAAGAAAUGUAUCUUAACCUGAAGGCGUUUGAAGAGAACUCAAAGUGGUAUCUGGAUAAUAGCCCGCUGCUGGCUGAGGAUCUGGGUAUUGAGGCGGAAGUUGUCAAGACAGAGGCUGCUCUCAAGUCUUUUGGAGAAAAGCUGCUGUGA